UGAAAGGAAAAGCAGCCAGCUGGCUCAUCAAGUACAAACAAUUAUAUUUUUGUACAUUUUUAAAAGAAAUGUCCAACGAGAACACUUUGGAUUUACACUACGUACACCAAAGCUUCCAACGAAGCCUAAAAGAAGACGACGAUGUUGUCGUGGAAGCGUAUAUUGAUGGAUACAAUGAACUAGUCAAGUUCUUAAAUCUCAUCGGUUCGGUGUUCUCAUUCGUGAGCAGCGACGUCAAAAGCAAAAUAAAGGUGAUGGAUAAACACAAGGAUGGUGAAGACGCUGUGUACUAUGAUUCUUUUAAGAAAAUGAUGAAGUACGAGAAGGAAACAAACUUACACGAGAAAAGCGGGUUCGUCUCUGGCUCUAGAACGAUGCUGAGGCUCCACAGAGGUUUAGACUUUAUAAGACUGUUCCUCAAAAAGCUAGGCGAGUCGGACGACGCGGUCAACACAUGUACGGAAUGCCAGCACGCGUACAACUCAACGCUAGCCGAGUUCCAUCCGUGGUACAUCCGGAAAGCGGCCACGCUGGCGAUGCAUGCGUUGCCCAACCGGCCCGACUUACUUAAGAAGAUCUUCGGCUCCGAAGACAGCCUCACAGCGGCGCUAGCCAUCCUGCCACAGACUCUCGCGUCUUGCGACGAAGUCUACAACCGUGUGGAACAGCUCUACACAGACUUUGACUUCCACGGGCUACCUUAAUGUUGCCAGGUCAAAAUAUUCGAGACAUUGCCAGAUGAAAAAGUGAUAAUUAGGUUACGUUCAGAAUUAUGUUUUUAAAGUUGGUCAAGCAGAUUUUGUCAGUAAAAAAGGCGGCGAAUUUGAAAAAUGUAGGCGCGAAGGGAUAUCGUCUCGUAGAAAACUUAAUCUGCCAAUGCAAUAUGCAGUAUUAUGUUACGUAUUUUUUUCCAGAAUCCUUUUUAUAUACCAUAAAUCAUACGUAGCCUUCUUGCGUCAGCUAGAGUUACAAAUUGGAGAUCUGAUGUUCAGUAGCCUUACCACGACUGCCUUACCAGUGUCAAACUGACAUAUUCGCUAACGUCUACGUAACUUACUUUCUAUACAUGUUGCUCGCACUAAUAUGCGAGUAUUGCGAGUACGAGCGAGAUGCAUAGAAAGUAAGUUACAGCGCGAUUCGGGAAAUGCAUUAGAGAUUCACUAGAUACGAAAUAGCAAAGACUGUGACGUGCCAUGGCGAAAGGUA